CUUAUGGAACUCUUUGAAUCGGUGGGAAGUCACCAGAUACAAACUAUCUAUUCAUGGGUGACUAUGUAGACAGAGGUCAUUAUUCUGUGGAGACUGUGACUCUUCUUGUGGCAUUAAAGGUGCGUUAUCCAGAACGUAUUACAAUAUUGAGAGGAAACCACGAAAGCCGACAAAUAUAUGGCUUUUAUGAUGAAUGUCUUCGAAAGUAUGGGAAUGCCAAUGUUUGGAAAUACUUUACAGAUCUGUUUGACUAUCUGCCACUUACAGCUUUAGUAGAUGGACAAAUAUUCUGCCUCCAUGGUGGCCUCUCCCCAUCCAUAGAUACACUGGAUCGUAUAAGAGCCCUGGAUCGUUUACAAGAAGUUCCACAUGAGGGCCCAAUGUGUGAUCUGUUACGGUCAGAUCCAGAUGAUCGUGGUGGGUGGGGUAUUUCACCACUCAGGGCUGGCUACACAUUUGGACAAGAUAUUUCUGAAACAUUUAACCAUGCCAAUGGUCUCACACUGGUUUCUCGUGCUCACCAACUUGUAAUGGAGGGAUACAAUUGGUGUCAUGAUCGGAAUGUGGUUACCAUUUUCAGUGCACCGAAUUACUGUUACCGUUGUGGGAACCAGGCUGCUAUCAUGGAAUUAGAUGACACUUUGAAGUAUUCCUUCCUUCAGUUUGACCCAGCACCUCGUCGUGGAGAGCCUCAUGUGACCCGGCGCACCCCAGAUUACUUUCUGUAAAUUCGUCCUGGGAAAACCUGCCUUUGUAUGUGGAAGUAUACCUGGCUUUUUAAAAUAUGUAUAU